GAAUCACACUCGAAACUCCAGCCUUGAUAAACCAUUUAUCGCAUGGUCUUGUGCUCAGCGACAUAUAAUAAACUCCCGUACGUUUUCGCCGUACUUCAAGAUGUUCCAACUCUUCCGGCGGCAGCAUAUCCAAGACCACGACUCAGCAACGAACGUCACAGAACACUGGGGAUACCCAAGCCGGGUCGUACCAUGUGUCAACGAUGUCGGAUCUUGCCAAUAUCUUGACGCCGUAUACUGGAUGCAUGAUACGUCCAUGCUGUAUUCCUUCAUUCUCUGGGCGGUCAUUGGGAGUAUAUUGUUGAUAUGGCUUCUCGGUCGAACAUUUAAGCCUUCGUCAAGAUCAACGCCAUGGGACUGGGAAUCCCAAAAGGCCAGCAAUAGGGGCGUUGUUUACCGCGCGGCUCGAGCAUUCUCAGCGCAGGCCAGACGGUGGCUACUACCGGAGAGUAUGACGAGAAUCUUUGGACACACAUCGCGGAUACAGCUUCUCGUCUUGGCUGUCCUGAGUGGCUAUCUUAUCAUAUUCAGUUUUGUUGGUAUCGUGUACAAGACCUGGGUCACGCCCGUCAAGAACUCCGACAAGUUCAACACCCGCACCGGACUGGGUGGAUUUUCUGAUCGCAUUGGUGUGUUGGCAUAUGCCCUGACCCCUUUCUCAGUCCUCCUUUCCAGCAGAGAGAGCAUUCUCUCCAUCGUCACCGGCAUUCCUUACCACCACUUUAACUUCCUCCAUCGAUGGCUUGGCCGUAUCAUCUUCAUCCAGUCCUUCGUCCACACCGUUGGCUGGAUCGUCGUCGAAGCGAGAUUGUACCAACCCCAGCCUAAGGUCUGGAACACCUUUGUUAACCAGCCGUACAUCAUCUGGGGCUGGGUCGCCAUGAUAUUAAUCACAUUCCUCUACGUCUUCAGCAUCCGUCGCGUAAUUCGUUGGACUGGCUACGAGUUCUUCCGCAAGACGCACUACAUCGUCGCAGGUCUCUAUUUCGGCGCAUGCUGGGCUCACUGGGCUCGUCUCGUAUGUUGGAUGAUUGCCGCCCUAGGACUAUUCCUUGUCGAUCGCGGCGUGCGCCUCCUCCGCACCUGUCUCAUUCACUUUGGCUACAAGCACGGCGAGCGAGGCUUCGGUUUCCGCUCCUCCCCAGCCCGUGUACAGGCCUUUGUCGAUCCGGAAAGCACCGUGCUGCGAGUCACGUUCGAGGCGAAUCACGAUCCGUGGGCCAUUGGACAGCAUUACUUUGUAUGCUUUCCCGAGCUGUCGAUCUGGCAGAGCCAUCCUUUCACGCCGGCGAGUGUGCCGAACGCUCACCCUGCUCUGCCAGAGCAUACUUAUAUCAUUCGCGCGCUAGGCGGACAGACGGCGAAGCUUGCGCAACUGGCACAAGAGAAGGAGAAGACAGACGUCUGUGAAACACCGGUGAUCAUCACUGGGCCGUAUGGUACACCGGUGAUCGACCCUGCGUACUCCCACAUCCUGGCCAUCGCUGGAGGUACGGGCAUAUCAUUCACGUUACCCAUCGCGAUGGCAGCUGCGACGAGGCGUUCUGCAUCAAACGCAUCAGUCCAUCUAGUAUGGAUCAUACGACACGCAGACAACAUCUCCUGGCUAGCAGACGAGCUCACGCUGCUCAAAGACCUCAUGGCCCGCGGCGCCACAGACCUAAAAAUUAGCAUAUACAUCACACGAGACGCGAGCAGGCCGACCUCGAACCAAGGCUCCGUCUCCACCAAAGACGCAUCUCUGCGGAAGGAGGCCGAAAAGACAGACAAUGAAAUCACAACAACGUCUACAUCUAUUUCAUCCGGCGCUGACGCGUGCUGCUGUGCGCCGACUGCGGGAACACUUCUCUCCCCGAGCCGAAACUUCAGCAUACAUUACCUCGCAGACCACCACCCGUCCAUGCCCAAGAUCCUCGACGAGUACAUCGCGGACACGCUCGUGGACGGGCCGAUCCAAGUCGCCGCUUCCGGUCCGCCUGGUCUGGGUGCUGAUAUCAGGCAGGCUGUGGCAUCGCGGAACAGCGGUGCGCGCGUGUGGAGGGGUGACUGGAGUGCGGAUGUAGACUUGGUAUGGGACGAUCGGGCCGUGUGAUGUUGCUUGCUUUGGCGUCUUGGUUAGGGUUUAUUGCUAUCAUAGUAACAUCGUCGUAGUUGCAAAUGAAUUGUUCAAAGACAAUACAAAGACGCUAUAUUCGUUCCUGUAUCACCCCUCUUCACAUACUCACCGC